UCUUUGUUGGCUCGACACGGUUACAGAGAGAGAAGAAAGAAGAAGAAGAAGAAGAAGAUUCAUCUCCUCCUUCUCUUUCCCUCUCUAAUUCUCAUUCUGUGAUUAGAAACAAUAAAAUUGAGCAUUGUUUUCUGCAUUCAUAACAAGAAUGGGGACGUUUCAGAGCUUUAGGAAAGCCUAUGGAGCUCUCAAGGACUCCACCAAGGUUGGCCUCGCCAAGGUCAACAGCGAAUUCAAGGAUUUGGACAUUGCCAUCGUAAAGGCCACCAAUCACGUCGAGUGCCCUCCUAAGGAACGUCAUGUUCGAAGAAUUUUUUCUGCGACAUCGGUGGCAUGUCCGAGGGCUGAUGUGGCCUACUGCAUACACGCACUGGCAAGGAGAAUGGCCAAGACAAAAAAUUGGAUUGUUGCUAUAAAGACAUUGAUAGUCAUUCACAGGACAUUAAGAGAGGGCGAUCCUACAUUUAGAGAGGAUCUUUUGAAUUACUCACACAGAGGACACAUCCUCCAAAUAUCCAAUUUCAAAGAUGAUUCAAGCCCUCUCGCUUGGGAUUGUUCUGCAUGGGUUCGAACAUAUGCACUAUUUUUAGAGGAACGUCUUGAAUGUUUUAGAAUCCUAAAAUAUGAUAUUGAGUCAGAGCGUUUGACAAAGUCGUUACCAGGAGCAAGCAAGGUACAUAGUAGAACACGGAUGUUGGGAUGUGAUGAGCUAUUGGAGCAGCUACCUGCAUUGCAGCAGCUUCUCUACCGCCUUAUUGGUUGCCAGCCUGAAGGGGCAGCUUAUUGCAAUUAUCUCAUACAGUAUGCCUUGGCCCUGGUAUUGAAAGAGAGCUUUAAGAUAUACUGUGCGAUCAAUGAUGGCAUUAUAAAUCUCGUGGACAUGUUCUUUGAUAUGUCAAGACAUGAUGCCGUUAAAGCUCUCAAUAUAUACAAAAGAGCGGGCCAACAGGCAGAAAAUCUUGCUGAUUUUUAUGAUUAUUGCAAAGGUUUGGAUCUUGCUAGGAACUUUCAGUUUCCAACAUUGAGACAGCCUCCUCCAUCAUUUCUUGCAACAAUGGAAGAGUAUAUAAAAGAAGCACCUCAGACAGGUUCAGCAAAUAAUAGACUGGAGUAUCAGGAGACGGAAAGAUUGACUGUGAAAGCUGAUGGACCUGAAGAACCUUCUGAAAGUGAAAAACAAGAGGAAAAAGAAGAGGAACAGCCAUUUGUAGUUACUGAAGAGCCUGAGGAGGUGGAACCUGCACCUUUGAUAUCAACUGAAGAUACUGGAGAUCUGCUGGGUCUGAAUGAAAUUAAUCCAAAAGCUGCAGAACUAGAGGAAAGCAAUGCUUUGGCUCUUGCAAUAGUUCCACCUGGGACUGAUGCUUCAAGUAACCGUGAUUUGAGAGACAUUAGCGGGACGUCAGGUUGGGAGUUAGCACUAGUUACCACACCAAGCAACAAUACCACCCCCUUUGUGGAAAGCAAAUUGGCGGGUGGGUUUGACAAGCUGUUACUUGAUAGCUUGUAUGAAGAUGAAGCUGCCAGGAGACAAAUACAACUGCAGGAUGCAGGGUAUGGAUAUGGAGGAAUGGCCAUGCAAAAUCCUUUCGAUCAGCAACAGGAUCCAUUUGCAAUGUCCAACAACGUAGCACCCCCACCCAAUGUGCAGAUGGCAAUGUUAGCUCAGCAACAGCAGCAACACCAACAACAGCAAAUGAUGUUUCAACAACGGGAACACCACAACAUGUCGAUGGUACCUUACCAGUACCAACCUCAAUAUCCUCAACAAUCUCAAUACCCUCAACAGACACAGUAUAUGGGUUCUUCUAAUCCGUUUGGGGACCCAUUCCAUGGCUACCCCCAGAGUUCAAUGCCACAACAGGGAACUCACAAUCUAAUUUAGGAGAUUUAGUUUUUUCUGUUUCCUGGAAUUGAUUGUAUUCUAUAUUUAUUUGGAGUAGCUAUUCUUUUUUUCCCCCCCGUUAAUUAUUAUCUUCAAGGUUAAUAAUCUCAUUUUUUGUAUACAGAGAUAAAUCGUGAAUGUACGUCUUUUUGUAUUGAAGAAUCAUUUGAUACUGAUUGUAGGCAAGCAAAUGGAUACGUUGUUCGGUCUGGCUGCUGUCCUGUUUUUAUAUUUGAUCUUAAGAACUACUUUUGGAUCU